AGGAUUAUAGACUAUUAUAGGUAUAGAGAGAAAAAAAAUGGCUAAAGAUAAAAUAUAUAAAACCCCAAACACAGCCAAACUAUUUAUUAUCAGUUCAUGGAUAUAGAAGAAUAAUAUAUAAAAAAUUCUUACGUCUUUUUUGUUAUUGGCUCCUGAUUUCAUAAAUUUAGGGUUUCCAAGAAUUCUCCAUUUCAAUCUUGCCGACUCUUUCCAAAGACUCUCUCUCUUUCUACUCUCUCCCUCAUCGUUCUCUUAGAGACACAAAUCAAUCAAAAGCAUACAUAAAAACAAAGGGGGGUUAAUUAAAUUAGAAGAAUGGUGAGGGGAAAGACAGAGAUGAAGAGGAUAGAGAACGCAACGAGCAGGCAAGUGACUUUCUCAAAAAGAAGAAAUGGACUUUUGAAGAAAGCUUUUGAAUUAUCAGUCCUUUGUGAUGCUGAAGUUGCCCUAAUCAUCUUCUCUCCUAGAGGCAAACUCUAUGAGUUCUCUAGCUCCUCCAGUAUACCUAAAACAGUAGAAAGAUAUCAAAAGCGAAUACAAGAUCUCGGGUCUAACCAUAAGAGAAAUGAUAAUUCACAGCAAUCGAAGGACGAAACCUAUGGCUUGGCGAGAAAGAUCGAACAUUUGGAGAUUUCGACACGAAAAAUGAUGGGAGAAGGACUUGACGCAUCUUCUAUAGAAGAGUUACAACAAUUGGAGAACCAGUUGGACAGAAGCUUAAUGAAAAUAAGAGCCAAAAAGUACCAGUUAUUACGAGAAGAAACUGAGAAAUUAAAAGAAAAGGUAACAUGUAGCUUUUUUAUUAAUUUAGUACAAAUGUAUUGGUCAGGUACUAAUCAUAUUUCCCAUAAUUAAACGGUUAAACCAUAUUUCAUGGUUUAUUGUCAAUAUUUUAGGAGAGGAACCUCAUUGCAGAAAAUAAAAUGCUGAUGGAGAAGGUACAAAUUAAUAUUAACUUACGGGCUGAUUUAUGUUCUCAAUUCUCAUUCUAUUAUUAUGAAAUUAUCUGCUUUUUUUCAAAAAGUGUGUUUUAAUUUGAGGAAAUGUGUGAAUGAAGUGUGAGAUGCAAGGAAGAGGAAUAAUAGGAAGAAUAUCAUCAUCAUCAUCAACAUCAGAACUGGAUAUAGAUGACAAUGAAAUGGAAGUGGUGACUGAUUUGUUCAUUGGACCUCCUGAGACUCGACACUUCAAAAAGUUUCCUCCUUCAAACUAACAUAUAUAGUACAAUGCUUAUAUAGAUAUUAUGUAGGGAAUUACUUUUUUCCCUGAAGAAAAAUUGAUGUUACUUACUGAAUUUAGCAGUUGCAUAAAAAAAAAGAUUACUGCAUUUAAGCUUUGCUUUUUUUUUCUUUUUGUUUUUUUCUUUUGUAUCGUCUCACCCAACUUUGCAAUCCUAAAAUAAUUUCAGAAUAAAUUGUUUAACAGGUUUUUUAUUUAACAUAAUUUUUUCAUAUCUUUUUAAAAAUAAUUGUUUAGAAUAUAACUAAUUUGAUCGA